CUGUCGGACGACAGACGAGCUGACGAUCAUGCCAGUUAUAGUCCGGAAUUUUUCUACUUCACACAAGACCCGAUUCCAAAAUAGUCAAACACACACAUUUUUUUUUUGUAUCUGGUUCGAAUCUUUUACUUUGUAAAAUCGUGACCGAGGCGUGACAGGCGGAGGCACCAUCCACACAUGGUCAUAUGGACACGUCCUUCCGCGUUCCGCAUCUAGAAUAUCCGUAUUUUCAAUUCCAAUAAAAUCUGUGCAAAUUAAAACGCGCGUGGUCCGCGAGUGAAACAUUAAAAUUUUCAAGUCGCGGCAGCUGAACCGAAAACUCAAUCGGUGUUAUAACAAACAAAACAACAACAAGAGCCGAUAAACAGAAACAGCAACCACGUAAAUUACAAACAAAUUCCACGGACUAUAACAGGAGUUGAAGGAGUUGGGAAGCCCCGAAAACCGAAGAGAGAAGAUCUAGAGUUUGGUAGAACAUCAAAUCAGAACAGGAUCAGAUAGAAAAGGAUUGUGUGUGGCAUUUGUUUUACGCGUUUCGUUUUCUGUGUUCCUGAACUGCUUCUCGGAGAACUUUGAGGACAGCUCACCACAUUGACUGCAGUUCUGGUUACAUCUUGUGAUUCGCGUUGCGUUCCUCAUUAUAUAUAUUUUGUAUUUUUAUUGUGCAAAUUGCCAGUUGACUUGCAAUCCCCACAUAUCCAUCGACUCCUAGUGAGCCCACCACCCCACGAAUCCUGCGAAUCCUGCCUCCUUUUACGGGGAAGCUGCUUCGUGGUGGACCUCUCGAGGCCUUGCCCUGCAGGGUGGAGCUCUCCAAAAGGUCGCCAGUUCGGGAAGCUGGUGGUGCGUCGACACCUCGAAGCUGGCGAAGAAGAAGUCCCAGCAUCCCGGCGAGCAGGAGGUUCGCAAGGACAGGGUCCACAACCGGGACAAGGAUAGGCACAGGGACAAAGACAGAGACAAGGACAAGGUCAAGGAGCGGGAGAAGGAGAAGGAGCAGCCAAUGGCCCACCAACACAACGUUCCCGCUCACGAGCGUCGCAUCCAUGAGCUGGACCAAAAUGUAGAGCGCGUCUUCGAUGUCCGAAAGCGCUUGGGGAAAGGUGCCUACGGCAUCGUUUGGAAGGCCACUGAUAAGCGAAACAAGGACACCGUGGCCCUGAAGAAGAUAUUCGAUGCUUUUCGUGACGAAACCGAUGCCCAGCGCACCUACCGCGAGGUGAUAUUUCUGCGUGCCUUUCGCCACCAUCCCAACAUCAUCAGGCUGAUGGAUGUCUUCAAGGCUGGCAACAAUUUAGACUUUUACUUGGUGUUCGAGUUCAUGGAAAGCGACCUGCAUAAUGUGAUCAAAAAGGGCGAUGUCCUCAAGGACAUUCACAAGCGAUUCGUCAUGUACCAGCUGAUCAACGCCAUCAAGUACAUGCACUCGGGCAACGUCAUCCACAGGGACCUGAAGCCCAGUAACAUACUGAUAGAUAGCAAAUGCAGACUCAAAGUGGCUGAUUUCGGUCUGGCUCGCACGCUUUCCACCAAACGCAAGGCCGAGUUCGAUGAUAUGGACCACCAGGGCAUGUUGACCGAUUACGUGGCCACCCGUUGGUAUCGCGCCCCCGAAAUUCUAGUGGCUAGUCGAAAUUAUACCAAAGGCAUUGAUAUGUGGGGUCUGGGCUGCAUUCUGGGCGAGAUGAUAAGACAGAAACCCCUGUUCCAAGGCACCAGCACUGUCAAUCAGAUAGAGAAAAUCGUGUUGGCCCUGCCGGAUGUGACCCAGCGGGACAUCGAGUCGAUCGGAGCCAGCUUCGGGACCGCCCUGCUGAGCAAGAAGAUCCACCGCGACCGCCGCCAUUCGCUGGACGAGAUGCUGAGGAACUGCUGCGACGACGCCAUAUCGCUGGUGAAGGCCCUCCUGGUCCUGAAUCCCCACGGACGGCUGACGGCCAAGGCGGCCAUCCAGCAUCCGUAUGUGAGUCGCUUCCGGACCUCCUCCGCGGAUAUGGAGCUCCGCGUGGACAUCCAUCCGCCGCUGAAGGACGACGUGCGCUACGGGGUGGACCAGUACCGGAGCAGCCUGUACGACAUGGUGGGCCGGGAGUCGAGGGGCAGUGCCCGGACGAUCAGCAAUGCCACGCCGUCCAGCAUCCGGGAGAUCUCCACGAAGCCCCAGCGAGUGGUGUCGCGGACCAGGACGUUGAGUGCCAACCAGCCGAGCCAGGCGGACAGGAAGAUGGAGCUGCAUCAGCCGGAGGCGAACACCCUGACCCGCAGGAUCGUCCAGCAGACGAAGCCGUUCCAGCCGGUGGCCCCAUCCUCCUGCUCGACCCUGCCGAAGGCACGUCCCCCCUCCAAGGAUGGCAUCCGGGCAGAGCCACCGGCGCCAUCGGCUCGACUAGCUAAGUCCGGAGCAGCUCUGUCGUUGGCCGAACGGCACCUGGCCAAGUGCCGGCAACACCGGAUGGUGUUCCAACGGGAAUUGGCUGCCGUAGCGGCCACUGUGCCGCGCAAGAAGACCACCGCGUGGCAGACGCAGGUCCAGGCCCAAGGCAAGUUCCGUGCCGAGGCGAAGGCCAAUAUGGAGGCCGUGCUCCAGGCCCAGAUGCCCAACACCGCCACUAACAACAACACCACGACCACCGAUAGUUCUCCAGCGAAGAGUGUUCCGGUGGCGGAGGAGUCGACGGCCCUGCAAAGGAAUCGAUCCCUGCGAUCCAAAUUGAGCAAGGAAAUCAAGGCCAGGGAGAAAGUGGAGGCUACCAAGAGGGAAAAGGAGCAAAUGGAGCGCCGCCGGCUGGAAAUCCAGGAGGAGAAGAUGCGGGUGCUCGAAAUGCAGCGGCAGAAGCGGGAGCGCAUGAAUCUCCAGAGGAGGCAGGUGGCAGAGAACCUCCGGCUGAUGGCUGAGGAGCGCGAGCAGCUGGAGGAGAUGGCCGAGCAGGAGGCGACGGCCAAGGCCUUCAGCGAAAUUGCCCGCAAGGUGGAGAAGCUCACCCAGAAGAAGAAGAAGAACAAGAAUCAGGACAAGGACCGGGUGGGCGGCGACUCGGUGCCGGCGGAGCGGGAGGAGGAGGACAACCCGGGCAUAUUGCCCGCGGGCGUGAGCGUCUGCUAUCGCCAGAGGAUCAACCACCUGGAGGCCGAGAUGGCGAAGUGCAAGGAGCAGCUGGUGAACUUCGUCCAGGACCACCAGGAUCUGCUUAACCACAAUAACCUGCGGUACCACAUUAAGAAACUCCAGCCCCACAAGGAUUCGGAGCCAGAGGAGGAGGAGGAGGGGGAUGGCAAACCCCUGCCGGAGGGCAGUGGGGAUCCCGGCUCCCAGUCGUAUGAGCUCUUCCGCCGGGAGCAGCAGAAGCAGCGGCAGCGCCAGCUUCAAGAGUUCCUGACCCGCGACGACACCAAUGAGUUCGACAUUCCCGAUCUGGCCAAUGUGUACCGGGCCAGUUGCUAUCAUCCCUUCCACCAACAGCCGGUGGCCAGUGACUCCUCGUCGCCGGACAGCGGGAGACGCGAGUCCGGGUCGGAGUUGUCCCAGGAGCGGAACUACCCGCACCACACGCAGUAUGCCAACUACUUUCCCAAAUACACCAUGCUGGAGGAGGCGCGGCAAAGGCAGAGGGACCAGCCGGUGCACCCGGAGCGCAACGAGAAGACCCGACAGCUGGAGGAGCGCCUCCAGGAGCACCGGCUACGGCAGGAGCGCCUGAAGGCCCAGCUGGAAGCCUGCAGGAAGCAGCACGAGACCCUGGGACUCCACCACAAGGUGCACCGCCAUCAUCACCACCAUUCCGCCAGCGGUCCUCGCUACGAUCCCAUGCGACUGCGGGAGAACGACAUCCAGGAGGCGAACUUCUCUCAAGGAAUCAGCGGAACUGUUCUUGGGUAAUUGUCCCAGUCUUGACGCAAUAUAUACGCAUGUGCAUUAGUGAA